AUGGCAGCGCCGGGAGCGCCCACCCCCCGCAGCCACCUAGGAGGCGGCGUGUGCAUGCAGCGAGCCGGGGCGUGCGGGCGGGCGGCAGCCGGAGCGCAGACAAUUGCGGGAGGAGGAGGAGGAGGAGGAGGAGGACGGCAUGGGGAGGGCCAGCAGUCAGCGCAGCGCGGAGUCGGGGGGAGGAGAAAGGGAUGCUCCCAGCCUCUUCUUUUUUUUUUUUUUCCCCUUCCUCCGAGCGGCUGCGCUAACCACGGCGGUGCCGGUGGCCGCAGCAGCUGCCGUCCUCCAUCUUGCCUGGGAGGGGAACCGGGAGAGGAAGCGCGACCCCGCCCGAGAAACAAGGGCGGCGGGGGGGAGAAAAGCUCGGGAAUCUCCGGCUCCGUCCGGCAGUGGUCGGGAGGGGGCGGCACCACGGCUGUGCUGCUGCCGAAACCGCUCCCUAUUGGCUGCGGCCGGGUGGGGGUGCGGGGUCCGUCCCGGCGGUCACCGAGAGCCAGGCGGGGUCUGCGGGUUGGAUUAUGUCAUCCUUUUAUUUUUAGCCGCUUUCGGCUUCCCCCUCUUCUCGCAGCGCCUGUUGCAGGCUUGUGGUUGUGGGCAGGUCGAGCUGAGGAUCGCAGGGAGACGGCUGUUAGGGGUCGGAUCCACGGGAGGACCGGGCGCGGCACACGACGCAGCGCCCAGCGGGCGGGAGUGCUGUGUUCCUUCGUUGUGAGUCGGCUCUCACGGCUCGGACACGAAUGGAGGACGUGGAUUGGAUGGGGCCCGGGGCAACCUGGUCCGGUGGGAGGCAUCCCUGUCCACAGCAGGGGGUUGGAGAUGAUAAUCUUUGAGUUAUGUCAAGGAAACAUCAAGAUACUUUGUAUCGUGGACAAGUCAAAUGAACAUAAAGCUGUGGGCACAGGAAAAUGUUUCAAAUUAGCAUCCCGCUGGCAGAAGCAGUUGCAACGUGAAUUCCUUUCUAGCUGGCCUAGCAGCAGCCAUCAAGCAGAAACCAACUGGAAUAAAUGCUUCUGCUCCUGAGCAAGCCAGAAGCAGACCUGGGAGCAGGAAUUGGAUAAUAUUCUACACCAGCACAGAAUAAACUGCAUGAGAUGAAAGACAAUGAGAUCAGUGAAUGAAAAGGGUUAAUAUAAUGAAUAAAGAAAAAAUGGAUAUCCUGGAAAUUCCAUAAUUCAACCUCUUAGUUUCUUCAGAGCAAGGUGGUACUCAAAAUUAUUUGUUUUCAGGAUUUAAAUUGACUGUUAUUAUGUGCAAUUAUGGAAAUUAAUUAAUAAUGUUGUAGAUGUUGUAGAUUGUCAUUUGAGGUCAGUUAUGCCACUGGUGGCUUUGAAAGACUGUUCUGUCCAUCAGCUAUUUGAAAAGGGGAUGCGGCCUUUUUGUUUGUUUGUUCUGUGGUGGUUUUUUUUUUUUUUCCCACCUUGUUGUUCAUCCGACAAACUGCACAAUUGAUUGCCAGUGGCUGCUGGAAAGCCAAGGCCUGUUUGAAAAAUUUUGAAGGCUGUGUGACUGAAGUUUGUCCUUCCACUAUUGUCUCUACCUGCUGAAUAGCAGAAGAUGCUUCUAUUGUUUACUACAUGGGUACCUGAGCCAUGCCUCCCUCCGGAAGAGCCUCUCAUCUAUACAAAACUGGGGAAUCUGGAACAGUUCCCAGCUUUGAGGAUUUUGUUUCAUGCAUUGAUUGAUAUCAAGUGGUUGCACUUUACAUUCUUUACCUGCACUAGAGGCGGUCCUCACAGAGAUACCUUCAACAGCCAAAUGCAUUCAUAACCUUUGCAGUGCUCAGAAGGACCAUAGCAGUAGUUGUGUUUGUGCUUACAUUCAUGAUACAACAUUUACUGAAGAAUAAAUUAAAUUGAUAAAGAUAGGAAAAUGAUAUUCUGGUUGAGUUACUAAACACUUUUAAUUAAGUACGUAUAUCAUGCACAAGGUUUUAAUAUUGUGACUUCAGGGAAUCAAGUUUCUUAGUCCAGUUUUUCAUGAUAAUAUUAGGCUUCCCAGGAAGAUGAGGGGAGAGUAUGAAUUGUCUAUGUGAAGAAUGUUGCAUAUGGAGAAGUUGUGUGAGUUUGCAUACAUUGGAAGCCUGGCAUUAUAGAAUAGCCUUGUUCUUCACCCUCAGCUCCAACUUUGCUUCUCUCAGUUUUUCUCAGUCAGCAAUUGUCUUUGCACCAAUUACAGUGGUAAACUCAGUAGAAGAAAAAUGCUCUUGUUUAAUAGAAGAUUUUAAGGCUGCUGUGACCUGCUAAACAUCAAUAUUGACUGAGAGACUCUUUUUUUUUUUUUUAAUUACUUACCAGGUUUUUUUAUUAAAUAAGUUGAAAUAAUCUAUUUUGUGAAUGUACACACGCACUCACUCACACACACAUAUAUAUAUAAAGACAUUUUAUUUUAUGGAAGUUGUUCCAAAAUAUUUACACCUGAGAAAGAUAAAAGCUGUAAAAUAUGUAUUGUUUCAUUUGUAUGUCCUAUAUUUUUCAUGUGUGUUGAGCAGUCAUUCUAAAACCGUUAUAUCAAUGCACAAAGGUCUUUAUUCCAGGCCAAGAGAUCUCUUGUGAAGAAAGAAGCAUAUACAGUAUCCAGAUCAAGAAGUACCACAUCACCUCAUGUUUCAGCCCUAAGGAAUAUGGAAGCUGGAUAUUGCACAAGUUCUUUUCCUUCACUGUUUGCUGUCUGUUUAAUGAAGACAAAGACUGCCUCGUUUUUGUAAGACAAUAAAUAAAGAAGAGCAACAGCUUGA